AUGCUACAUCGGUACAUUAGACUAUUUUCAUUUUGUGUUAUACUGUACUUGGUGUAUCUACUGCUAACUAAAGAAUCAAACGUAAUGUCAAAGCCUGUUGUUGUUAUAGGGUCUGGUCUAGCUGGUUUAACCACGUCAUCCCAAUUGGCAAAGUUCAAUAUUCCUAUUGUACUAUUGGAGAAAACCUCUAGUAUUGGUGGUAACUCUAUCAAGGCUUCUAGUGGGAUCAAUGGUGCAGGUACUGAGACGCAAUCGAGGUUGCAUGUUGAAGAUCAUCCGGAGUUGUUUGCUGACGACACUAUUAAGUCUGCUAAGGGUAAAGGUGUGGUCGCAUUAAUGGAGAAGCUUUCUAAGGACUCCAGCGAUGCUAUUUCGUGGUUGCAAAAUGACUUCAAGAUCCCAUUGGAUAAGCUAGCGCAACUAGGUGGGCAUUCCGUCCCUAGAACCCACAGAUCAAGUGGUAAGCUUCCCCCAGGUUUCCAAAUAGUUGACACUUUGAAGAAGGCUCUGGAAUCGUACGAUUCUAAGGCGGUCAAAAUCCAGUUAAAUAGUAAAGUUGUUGAUGUUAAGCUGGACAGUAACAAUAGGGUUAGUAGCGUCGUUUUUGAGGAUCAAGACGGAACUCAUACCAUUGAAACAAACAAUGUCGUUUUCUGUACAGGUGGUUUCGGCUUUAACAAGAAGCUAUUGGAGAAAUAUGCACCUCAUUUAGUUGAUUUGCCCACCACUAAUGGUGAACAGACUUUAGGAGAAGGUCAAGUUCUACUAGAGAAGCUCGGGGCUAAACUAAUCGACAUGGACCAAAUUCAAGUGCACCCAACUGGUUUUGUAGACCCUGCAAAUCCAGAUUCCAACUGGAAAUUCUUGGCUGCAGAGGCACUAAGAGGUCUAGGAGGAGUCUUGAUCAACCCUCAUACUGGCCAAAGAUUUGUUAACGAAUUGACAACCCGUGACAUGGUUACUGAGGCCAUUCAAUCCAAAUCUGAGUCGAAGACAGCUUACUUGGUGAUGAGUGAGAGUCUAUACGAAAACUACAAGCCAAACAUGGACUUUUAUAUGUUCAAGAAAUUGGUGUCUAAGAAGACUAUUGCAGAGUUUGCCGAAGAUUUACCUGUCAGUGUAGACCAAUUGAUAGCUGAAUUGAGCACGUACUCUGACUUAUCUAAGGAUGACCAUCUUGGCCGUAAAUUCAGGGAGAAUACUUUUGGUUCUUCGCUUUCUUCGGAUUCAACUAUUUUUGUCGGUAAAAUUACUCCAGUCGUUCAUUUCACUAUGGGCGGUGCAAAAAUCGAUGAGCAGGCUCGUGUAUUGAAUGCUGAAGGUAAACCACUGGCUACAGGUAUUUACGCUGCGGGUGAAGUCUCCGGUGGUGUUCAUGGUGCUAACAGAUUAGGUGGCUCUUCAUUAUUGGAGUGUGUCGUCUUUGGAAGACAAGCUGCAAAAUCCAUCAGAGCUAAUUUGUAA